UUUGUUCUGUGGGGGUUUGGCUUUUUGACUGGAGAAGAAAAUAUUCCACAGUUCCUGCACCCCAUGAACAACCACGCCCGUACAUAGCCCGUCAACUGAAGAGGAAGCAAAACGACUCUGAAGGAAAAUUUGAAAAAUGAACGAUUGGAUGCCCAUCGCCAAGGAGUAUGACCCACUUAAAGCUGGCAGCAUUGAUGGCACUGACGAAGACCCACACGACCGCGCCAUAUGGAGGGCAAUGCUGGCACGAUACGCCCCCAACAAAGGCGUCAUAGGAGACCCCCUGCUUACCCUGUUCGUGGCCAGACUGAACCUACAAACCAAAGAGGACAAACUAAAGGAGGUCUUUUCCCGCUACGGUGACAUCCGGCGGCUCCGGCUGGUGCGGGACUUGGUCACGGGCUUCUCCAAGGGCUACGCCUUUAUAGAGUACAAGGAGGAGCGAGCACUGAUCAAAGCCUACCGGGACGCCGAUGGCCUGGUCAUCGACCAGCAUGAGAUAUUCGUGGACUACGAGCUGGAAAGAACUCUGAAAGGGUGGAUCCCUCGGCGACUUGGAGGUGGUCUUGGGGGAAAAAAGGAAUCCGGGCAACUGAGGUUUGGGGGACGGGAUCGACAUUUUCGAAAACCUAUUAAUUUGCCCGUUGUUAAAAAUGACCUCUACAGAGAGGGCAAACGGGAAAGGAGGGAGCCCUCUCGAUCCCGAGAAAGACACUGGGAUUCGAGGACGAGGGAACGAGACCACGACAGGGGCCGGGAGAGGAGAUGGCAGGAAAGAGAGCCCAACAGGGCCUGGCCUGAAAGUGACUGGGAUAGAGAGAGGGACUUCAGGGAGGACAGGAGCAGGGGCCGGGAUAGGAAGGACAGAAGCAAAUAGAGGCCCAUGGUGGGCCCCAGCGGGAAGGUCCAGCCAGUGAGCAUAGGGGGCCAGCAGGUGGCGUGGUGGUUAAGGGCGCUGGACUCCCACAUGGCCAGACAGGGUUUGAAUCCCGGACCUGGUGACUUGCUUUCUCUCUCA